UGUGUAUACAGUCUCCUGGGAAGAAGGGAAAACUUCUCAGUCUUCAAGUUCAAAUCUGCAGACCAGAAAACAAAUGGUGUUGAUGGACUCUAAGGAUCAGUGGUCAGGAUAGGAGGUUUCAAAGACAAGAAUGUUAGUCGUUGGUUAAGUGCUCCGACAGGAUUAUAUUGUUUCUAAGUGUCUCAGGGAGUGGUGUGAUUGUAACUGAAAUUAGUUUGGAUUGCUGUUGGAUUCAGCAGCAUAUCAUUUUAAUGCAUUUUAGUUAUAUUAAAUUACAGGACACAUUUACUGGAUCUGAGUUUCUUCAUAAGUGAACUGAACUGGAUGCACAAUAUGAACAACACAAGUACUGAGCAUCAAUAUGUGUCUGCAGCAUGUAACAAAAGCCAACCUUCAUUCCCCACAGGGUUGGAACCAAAACUUCAAAGGGAUGUUUUGGUUGUUCUCAUGGUUUUGUUAGCCCUUUUUACAGUUCUUGGAAAUGCUUUGGUCAUCCUAGCUUUUGUUGUGGACAAAAAUCUGAGAGAGCGGAGUAAUUGUUUCUUUCUAAAUCUUGCUAUUUCUGACUUUGCAGUGGGUGCAUUCUGUAUCCCUAUGUAUAUCCAUUAUGGGCUGACAGGAACAUGGAAUUUAGGAAGAGGUCCCUGCAAGCUCUGGCUUCUUCUGGACUAUCUCAUGUGCACAGCUUCAUCAUUUAAUAUUGUUCUUAUCAGCUAUGAUCGGUUCCUGUCGGUUACUAAAGCUAUGUCUUACAGGAUUCUACAGAGAAUGACUUCCAAGACUGUAAUUAUGAUGGUGGAAAUGUGGAUAUUUGCAUUCUUACUCUACGGCCCAGCAAUCAUUGCUUGGGAAUAUGUGGCUGGCUGCAGCAUUGUACCCGAUGACAAAUGCUAUCCUGAAUUCAUCUACAACUGGUAUUUUUCUCUGUGUGCUUCAGUCUUUGAGUUCUUCACACCUUUGAUCUCCAUUGCCUAUUUCCACAUCUCUAUCUUCCAGAGUAUACGAAAGAGGCUGCAAAGUACUACCCGUCUUUCUGAAUCUUCAAAGAACAAGAGCCAAUCAGUGGGACUUCGGUCUUUAUUAAGGGAAAAAAUAUCGUUUCCUGAUUUAGAAACACAAGACAGUCUUUCUACUUCUUCAACAGGACAGAUAUAUUCAGUGACAACUGACUGUUCAGUUGCAUCCCAAAUCCAUUCUAUCCAUUCUAUCACCGCUAAAGAAGUUAACUCUAGACGUUCCAGAAGGGCAAAGUCAAAACUGCAGAGGGACAAAACAGCUGCGAAGUUGCUUGUUGUAAUUGUCUGUGUCUUUGCCAUUUGCUGGACACCAUAUUCAUUGCUUAUGCUUAUUAAUGCAGCCUGCAAUUGUAUACCUGGAGUUUGGUAUGAAUUAUCAUUUUGGCUUUUGUGGCUUAAUUCUGCUGUGAAUCCUGUUCUCUACCCGCUCUGUCAUGUUAAAUUUCAAAAGGCUUUCAGAAAAAUAUUAUGCCCUGAACAUUUUGUAAUAAUUGGCCCAUGUCAGUGAACCUCUUCUUAGGGUCCAUCAGCACAGUAACUACAGCUUUAACUAGAUAGCUUUGCUGCUGUUAGCAGGGUAGCCGUGGCUGCCUGAAGGUUAAAGUGGUCUACAAAACACUUCUGAGAGAUCUGUUUUGGCAUCUGCAGUGUGCUGAGCAUCAUGCUGCUUCAUUUACAUUGACAUAUUCAUAAAGAGCUAAACCAAGAGACUUACAGUAAAAGAUCCCCUAUCUUAUUUUAGCUAAGCAUGGUCAUUUCUUGACUAACAAAAUAUUUGGUCAUAUAUGGCUGGUCAUAUAUUUCUGUAUUUUUCAAUGUGGGAAAUAUUUUAGUUUGCCAUGAGACUGGUAUUUCUCAAGACAUGAACUGCCCUUUCCUUUCCUUUCCUUUCCUUUCCUUUCCUUUCCUUUCCUUUCCUUUCCUUUCGAUAGUAUCAUACUAAAUUCAAAAGUAGCUUUUGUCUUGUGCAAAUCAUUCAUUUAUGACAUUUAUUCUUGAACAUAGAGCAGCAUCACUUCCUUGUAUUGUUUAGUAAAGGUGUUUAUGGGAGAAAGACACUGCAUGCUUAGCUGUGGUGGCAGGGCCUUUAGGCUAGAGACAGACAGUACACGUAAACUGGUUUAAGUGAUCAGAAACUGAUUUAAACCUGCAACAGAACAGACAUUCAGUGCACAUAAACCAGUUUCAAAAUGGUGUAUGCAGUGUCUGUCCCAGAUCCCUUGCUGGUUUAACUUAAACCAGAGUCCCCUAGCAUCUUGGCAUGCUCUCUGGGCUGGGCUCUGUGCACCAACUCAGCAGGGCUGGCCAGCAAGGGCUGGAGUCUGGCCAGAGAGGGGUUUAAUUUCUCCCUCCCUUUCCCACUGGCAGGGAUCCAAGCUGGGUCUGCCAGCUGCUCUCCCUUUGCUACUGCAGUGGUGGGCUGUCAUGGCCUCUGAGGCAGAGGGGGCAGGGAGAGAGGUUAUUCACUGCCCCUGGGGGACCAGAGCCAGGUAUACCCUCUGCCACUGCCGCACUCGCUCCCUGCUUGGGGAAAGCAGUGGAAUAAGCCCUCUGCUGCCCGCUUUGCUGGACAUUGGAGGGAGGGGGAAUAAUCCCCAUCCCCAGAGAUGACCCAAGCAGAGUGUGGGGCCUGGGGCAAAUCAGCUUAUGUGGGGCUCCACCCCUGGAUGCAAGGAAGCCGGUGGUGGAUUCAGUGGGGGGAGGGUGCCGAAUGGCUGGCCAGCUGUGAAGCUGGCAGCAGCAUGAAGUUGCUGCAGCUGCUCCACCUGGCUCUGUGGGGCCCCCCAAAGCGUGGGGUCUGGGGCAGUCACCCCAAUUCGCCCCCCCUUCUAGGAACAACCCUGGCCGUCCCUGCCCUUCCCCCUCCCCAAGGGGCCCUGCUAGCUGGCUUCUAGCUGCACCCCUGCCCGCCCACUGUAGCAGCAAGGGGGCAGGCCCCUUGAUGGGGGCAGCAGUCCCUGUCAUAAUGUCAGGGAGUGCAAGCCCCUUCCUAGCAAGGGCCCCCACUACAGGGCAAGCUGAGCUGUGGCAGACUACACGCAGCAGCACUGGGGCCCAGAGGGGGCCAGAGCCCUCCAAGCCCCCCACAGCACCGUCAUCCAUAGAAGCUUUCCUUGCUCUGCAGCGUGGUUCCCUCUCCCUGCAGGCAUGCAGACCACACUAGUGUGGCCCAAAGAGCAUUUGGCCCCUAGUUGUUUAGAAAUUGAACAGCCUUGUAUUUACCAAUACUCCAGUUAUGAAAUUCUGAGAUUCAAUACCACAGGGCUAAUUAGCACAAAUUCUUUAGAAUUCAAGUAAUUUCUUCCCUUUCCACUAGUAGUGUAGUAUGAUGUCAUUAAUAUUAUUACAAUUCUUUUUAAUAAAGUUGUCUCAGAAGUU